CACUCAAUCGAUCAUUAAAUCAUUACCCACAAAGUUAAUUUUGUAUUCUUUCCCAUUCACCUUAUCGCACGGCAUCAUUAGCGCAAUCUCACCCUAUGCCUAUACACUUCUCAGCUAUCAGAAAAUCAUAACAUAUUUUUUGGCCAAGUGAAUGAGAGUUAAUUGAUCUGAAUUGAUUUCCCUGGAAAAUCCCUUCAAGAGGAGAGAGAGCAUAUGGAGAAAUCAGUGACCGGAAAAUGCUCUCAUCAACUCUGUCUUUCACCGACCAAAGUUUAGGAACAUACAGUGAUAUAGAUCCCUGCUCGGGGAGAUACAUAUAUGUACAUGAUCUUCCUAGCCGAUUCAACCAUGACUUGCUCAAGAAUUGUCGGUCACUUACCAGAGGAACCAACUCUAAUAUGUGUCCCUACAUGGCAAACUUAGGUAUUGGUCCAGAGAUUGAGAAUUCCCAAGGGGUAUUAUCAAGCAAGAAUUGGUUUUCCACAAACCAAUUCUUGUUAGAAGUCAUUUUCCACAAUAAGAUGAAGAGGUACGAGUGCUUGACCAAUGAUUCAUCACUAGCUUCUGCGAUAUUUGUACCAUUCUAUGCUGGUCUUGAUAUUAGUCAAUACCUUUGGAAUCCAAACAUAUCGGUGAGAGACUCUUCUGGGAAAGACCUUCUCAAGUGGCUAACAGAAAGACCUGAGUGGAAGAGGAUGUGGGGCAGAGACCAUUUCUUUGUUGCAGGGAGGAUUUCAUGGGACUUCAGAAGAAAAACAGACGAAUCUUCAGACUGGGGUACCAAGCUUAGGUUUUUGCCUGAAUCCAAGAACAUGACAAUGUUGUCAGUUGAAGCAAGCUCUUGGAACAAUGAUUAUGCAAUACCAUACCCAACAAAUUUCCAUCCUUUAAAAGACAGUGAUGUGUUGGAGUGGCAAAGGCGUGUGAGAAGCCAAAACCGGAGUUAUUUGUUUACUUUUGCAGGUGCACCACGUCCUGAUCUCAAAAAUUCUAUUCGGGGUGUGGCUAUUGAACAAUGUAGAGCUGCAAGAGCUUGCAAAUUUAUAGAUUGUAAUGUUACUAAUGGGAACAAAUGUGAUGAUCCGGUUAGUGUUAUAAGGGUGUUUAAGAGCUCGGUUUUUUGCUUGCAGCCUCCAGGGGAUUCCUACACUAGGCGAUCAAUUUUUGACUCUAUUUUGGCAGGUUGUAUUCCGGUGUUCUUUCAUCCGGGUACUGCUUACGCACAAUAUUUAUGGCAUUUACCAAGGAAUGGUACCAAGUAUUCUGUGUAUAUACCAGUGAAGGAUGUGAAACUUUGGAAAGGCAAUGUGGAGGAGAUAUUGCUUGGGAUUUCGAAGGAUAAAGAAUUAGCCAUGAGAGAGGAGGUUAUAGGGCUUAUUCCAAGGAUAGUAUAUGCAAAUCCCAGGUCUAAAUUAGAGAUUUUUGGGGAUGCAUUUGAUGUAACGGUGGAUGGAGUUCUUGAGAGAGUAGAGAGUCUUAGGAGAUUAAUUAGGGAGGGGAGGGAUCCUAGUGUUGGUUUUGCAGAUGGGGAUGAUUAUAAGUAUACUUUUUCUCAGUGGGAGAGAUUUGAAUAGGAUCCUCCAUUAUGAGGUAACCUUGUAGUAGCAACUGUAAGAGAAAAAAAAUUCAAUGAGAACAGAGAAAAUCUUAUAUUUACAAUUAUAUCAUUCAAUGCAGUUAUUCCUUCACUUCAGCUA